AUGUCUGAUGAGAUCCGCGCUAAAAUCGAACAAGAAAUGAAGGGAAGGGAUUCAGGAAUUGUAACAAUUAAAUUUUCUGCUGAAGAACUUGGAAACCUUAAAGUACGCGAAGAUAUUCACAAUGCCUUCAACGCAGAAAUAAUUGGAAAUGAUCUAUUUAUCAAAUUUGAUUCUGGAGGAAAGGAAGCAAUUCAUUACGAACUUGUAAAUUCGUUUAAAAAUCAAUGCAAGAAUCAAGAAAAAAAUUGGUGGACAAGUUUUAACACUAUAUGUGUAGUCGGAAGUAGAGAGCUCAGACCGGAUUUAGGUGUGUGGUUCCGGAAGCCGACUUUUCCACAAAUGUUUAGGCCUCUCAUUUCUUCAUGCCCACAUCCCAAUGUUUGGAUUGAGGUGUUUUACAAUUACGAAAAAGAUCGUGACCAUGCAUUCGAGAAUAUCAAUUGGCUUCAGGAAAAUACAAUUGGCGUCGAAUUUGUAGCAAUAGCAGUUCCAUAUGGAGUAACCCCUUUUCAUUCGAACCCCGAACCUGAAGCUGGCAUGGCUCAAGCAAUUAGUCAACUUACAAGACCUACCCGUGCACCAUAUAUUUGUCACUGGGAUUCGAAUUAUAAUGAGAUCUGGUACCGAAUGGAAUGGAAUCGGUACAUUGCACUUAGAUGUGGUCUUGUAAUAGAAUUUAAUAUUGUGCUCAACAUUUUGGCUGGAAACUACUAG